CACAUUUCGCAUUGUUUCUAAUAUAAUUGCGCGCGAUUUUUUAUCCGGAGUCCGGAUUUAUACCUAAUAGUAAUGUUUAGUGGAAUCAAAAAUUAGUUAUUUUUAAUGUAAAGCGCUGGCAGCUUAUGAAAUCGCAAGUCGUCAUGUCUAGGAAACCCGCUGCGCCCAGAAAACAGCUCACACUUAGCAGUUUCAUUGGCCUGGAUAAUAAUUCCCAGAGUCAACCUAAGACAAAUGCUACAAGUGCGAGGACCAAACCCCCAGCUGUUUUUAAUCCUAUUUUCCUGGACUCUUCAUCUGAUGAGGAACCUACCCUGAGAUCCAGUCAAUCCAGCAAGGAUUCACUGAAGUCCAGUCAGUCUGGCAAGAGUGCUGAGGCCGCCAACUUUAAACAGUACAGUUAUUACAGCUUGGAUGACUCGCCACUAGGCAAACCGAUUAAAGAGAGUGAAAAAACCCAAAAGUACCGGGGCUUGUCGGAGUCCCCUGAAAAUAAGUCCUUUGAAGAUAUCCUGAAAAAACCGUCAGUAAAUAAUUGGAAAAAACCAGUUUUUUCACUUUCUGACUCUCCUGUAGGUGCAAAAUCGAUAGCAAAGUCAGAUGUUUGUUUCCUUGGGGAUUCUCCUAAAAAACUUUCGCAAAAUGAGAGGAAACACACGGACUCUCCUCAUCAAAAAUACUCUUUCGAAGACUCACCAAACAAACUCAAUGGAGGAAGACAUCCCCUACUCACGUUGCCCGAAUCACCGCCACCUCCAGUGCAGGUUAAGAAAUCGGAAAACACAUGCCCAAAAAAAUCUUCACAAAAUGAUCCUAUCAAAAUCGAGGAUUCUUCAAAGAAGACAAAAGUUUCAGAGAAAAAGCCUGCUCUCUCCAAUCAUGAAUCACCUCGAGCUUCCAAAUCAUAUAAAGGUGGUCUAAUCGAAGACUCCCCGAAGAAGAGUGACAGUGGGCAGACAGGAUACAAAUUGGGUUCGGUGAAAGAGACUUCCGUCCCAAAAUCAACGUCUGUCGUACUCAACAAGGAAAGUCUCAACGAACCUUCACCUUCAACGGCACCCCCGAAACCCAGACUUAGUGUGGCGUUUGACAACUCUCUUGCUGAUUACCUAAAGGAUCUGGCUCAAAACGACAACUUCAGCAUUGAUCCCAAUAAGCAGAACGUGGAGGGUCUCAAAAGAACUCUGGGCUUCUUUCGCACAACUUACAUCGAGCUGAUGGAAAAGUAUUGCUCUCUGAUUGAUCAAAUUCCCGCCAUGCACUUCAAUGAAAUAUCCGGGUUUCAACCAAACACGUUUUUAAAACUCAAAGUAAUGCGACAGAAGUUUAAGGCGCGAACGCAGCUUCUGCAGAAUACGCUAGAUAGGACUGAGAGCAAGCUAAAAGCUGAGCAAGACGCUCUGGAGAAGGAGGAAUUGGAAUGGGAGGCCGAACAAAAUCAAAGGUCAACAAACCAAACAACACCCUCACCGCCAAAUAGCCUUCAAGUUAUGAACUCUAAAAAGCUUAUGGAUUUACCAAAAAGGAAACAGCUUUUAAACGACCUUUGUGGAGAGCCGGAAGAUAUUGUGUCAUCCACCAAAGCAAGCAAUACGAUGCCCAAACGACAGCAGUUCCUACAGGAUUUUUGCGGCGAUCCAGAUGAUUUUUCGCCGCCCAGUAAGCCAAGCAAUCAACCCCCAAUACAAAAACGGGAGCAGCUCAUCCACGAUCUUUGUGGGGAUCCAGAGGAUUUCUCUCCACCCAGCAAGCAAAACAAUCCAAAACCAGAACCUAAACGACAGCAGCUCAUUCACGAUCUUUGUGGGGAUCCAGAUGAUUACUCGCCACCUAGCAAACAAAACGAUCCGCAAAUGUUGCGAAAACGCGAGGAAAUAAUCCACGAUCUGUGCGAAGAGCCAGAUGAUGACUACUUGGCCCAAAGCAUGCUCCUGGAUGGCGAUUUGGAGCAGGAGCAAAUGAAUGGACCGACCCAACGGACGGCAAACAGCGAGAUGUAUGAUGACGAUGAUGACUUGGCAGGACUCCUGGCGGAAAUCGAGGACGAGCACCAGCAGAUGCAGGGCCGUAAGUCCGAAUUCAAUGGCUAUGGAUACAAGGAUUUCGAGAAUGUAAAGGUGAAGGAAAAGCCAAAGCCAAAACAGCAAGUUGUAAAAUUGGAUGACGAUGGCUUUCCCGAAUACGAUGAAGAUAUGUUCGAGCAAAUGCACUCCCAGGCUGCAGCCAACAACUCUGUUUCCAGCCCAGCUCCAGUUCCCAUUAGUAAUAGAAGCGUUGUACCUGCCAAAUUGUCCACUGCCACCGACAGCCAAAAGUUGUCGGGUAACUUUCAUUCUAACGUGCACAACGACGGCAUCACCGGAGAGUUUGAUGGCACAAAGUUCGAACACUCUACUAGACUUAUGCAUGGCUUAAGUUACAGCUUCGGUCUCAAGAGUUUCCGUCCCAAUCAGCUGCAGGUGAUCAAUGCCACACUUCUGGGCAACGAUUGCUUCGUCCUGAUGCCAACGGGAGGAGGAAAGUCGUUGUGCUACCAACUGCCUGCUAUUUUGACCGAGGGUGUGACUAUUGUGAUCAGUCCGCUCAAGUCGCUGAUCUUUGAUCAAAUCAAUAAAUUGGCGUCUUUGGAUAUCUGUGCAAAGAGUCUGAGUGGGGAGCAAAAAAUGGCCGAUGUAAUGUCCAUUUUUAAUGAUUUGGCGUGCCAUCCACCCAUGGUCAAACUGCUCUACGUAACGCCGGAAAAGAUAAGCAGUUCUACUCGUUUCCAGGACACGCUCGAUACCCUGAAUUCCAACAACUAUAUUAGCAGAUUUGUCAUUGACGAGGCUCAUUGUGUUUCCCAGUGGGGUCAUGACUUCCGUCCGGACUACAAGAAGCUUGGAAUUUUGAAGAAGCGUUUUCCCAACGUUCCCACCAUUGCCUUAACUGCCACAGCUACUCCGCGCGUGCGUUUGGAUAUUCUGGCGCAGUUGAAUCUGAAGAAUUGCAAGUGGUUUUUGUCCAGUUUCAAUCGCAGUAAUUUGCGUUACAGAGUGCUGCCCAAAAAGGGUGCCUCCACGUUGGACGAUAUAAGUAGCUUUAUUCGAACGAAGCCGGCCAACUCCAGCGGCAUUAUAUAUUGCCUUUCGCGCAAGGAGUGCGAUGAGACGGCCAAGAAAAUGUGCAAGGACGGCGUCCGUGCGGUUGCCUAUCAUGCAGGACUGACGGACAACGAGAGGGAAAGUCGACAGAAAGAUUGGCUGACCGGCAAGAUAAAGGUCAUCUGUGCCACUAUCGCUUUUGGCAUGGGCAUCGACAAACCGGAUGUGCGGUUCGUUUUGCACUAUUCUCUGCCAAAGUCCAUCGAGGGUUACUACCAGGAGGCAGGUCGAGCAGGUCGAGAUGGUGAAACAGCCGAUUGUAUCUUAUAUUACAACUAUUCAGACAUGUUAAGGAUCAAGAAAAUGUUGGAUUCCGAUAAAGCUCUCCAGUACAAUGUGAAGAAAAUACACGUGGACAAUUUAUACCGGAUUGUUGGCUACUGCGAAAACCUCACUGACUGUCGUCGCGCCCAGCAGCUGGACUACUUUGGGGAGCAUUUCACCAGUGAGCAAUGUCUACAAAACAGACAGACCGCCUGCGAUAAUUGCAUAAAUAAGAAGGCAUAUAAGGCUCUCGACGCGUUAGAGCAAGCCCGUAAGGCGGCACGAGCUGUCAAGGAUCUGUGCGACGGCCGAUCCCGCUUCACGCUUCUUCAUGUAGCCGACGUUCUGAAGGGCUCUAAGAUCAAGAAAAUUAUGGACUUUAACCAUCACAAGACACCACACCAUGGAGCCUUAAAGGACUGGGAUAAAAACGAUAUACACAGACUGCUGCGGAAAAUGGUCAUCGACGGCUUUCUAAGGGAGGACCUUAUAUUUGCCAACGACUUUCCACAGGCCUAUCUGUAUCUGGGUAAUAACAUCAGUAAACUAAUGGAGGGAACGCCCAGUUUCGAAUUUGCUGUGACCAAAAAUGCCAAGGAAGCCAAGGCGGCGGUUGCAAGCGUUUCUGAUUCCGCGGCGAGCAGUAGUGGUGAUGGAAUGCGGGAGAUCCACGAGCGUUGCUACACGGAUCUAUUGGAUCUGUGUCGAACCAUUGCCAGCCAGCGGAACGUCACCAUGGCAAGUAUCAUGAACAUUCAGGCCCUGAAGAGUAUGGCCGAAACCCUGCCCCUCAACGAAAAGGAUAUGUGCAGCAUUCCUCACGUGACCAAGGCGAACUUUGAAAAGUACGGCGCCAAGCUGCUUGAAAUAACAUGUAACUAUGCUUCGGAAAAGCUGUUGAUGCAGGCCGUUUUGGACGAAGAGGAAGAGCAGAAAGCAGCAGCUAAGCAAAAACCCAGCUCGUCAGGUUGGAACAACGAAAGUGUGGAUUGGGACAGAGCAGUAGCCUCACAGGGCGGUGCCAACACUAGCGGCGGCAGUGGUUUCAACUCCUUUAGGGCGGGUAAGCGGAAAAAGAUGUACAAGGCAGGAGCCAGCAAGAGAUACAAGUCCAGCACAUCACCGGCGGCCAGGAAGAGCACAUCAACAAGGGGCGGCAAGGCCGGCGCCAAGCGUGGAGGUACCUCAGCUGCCUCAUCAUCGUCUGGAUGGAAGUCGAAGAAGACAGGAAACAGCAUGGGCUUCGACUUGAUGCCCUUGCCAGGAUCGAAAUAACGUUAGCUCAACCGUUUGAAAAACAACUUAUACAUAAAGAGCAGCUCUUUUGCCUUUGAAUCUGCAGGUAUUGAUUCCAUUUAAGGUUUUUUUUUAAACAAAAUGGAUAAUCAUCAACCUUUCACUUGGAAAUUUGUAAAAUGUUACUUUGUAAGAUAAACAGACUUUUCUAAUUAAGCUGUACCUAUAUAAUUUUCGUUAAAUUUAAAAAUGUGUACGAUUUGCAUAGUUUCUGGGGUAAAACCUUUAUAAGUUGUCAAAACAUUUGUUGUUCAUCCCACGUUCACCCCUAAAAUUUCUGUUAUUAGAAGAGCUUAUCACUAUGAAUUUUUACAUAAACUUUCAUAUUUUUCAAACAAUAA